CGAACCGUCGCGAACGUCGAUCGCGGGCAUCGCGCGCGCGCGAGGUCGGAUCUCGCGACGGACCGCGACCGACAGCGCAGCGCGCGCGGGUCAGGUCGCGCGACGGACGGGAAGGAAGAAGAGGGAAGGAAAAGGCGCGAAGGAGCGCGCGAGCGAGGCGCGAUGGCGGACGGACUGAAGAUCACCCCGGAGAAGGAACUCGCGUUUCGAUUCGAGCUCAAGAAGACGAUCCCGACGACGAUCAAGAUCACAAACUCCGGGAAAGAGGAGACCGCGUUCAAGGUGAAGACGACCGCGCCGAAGAAGUACUGCGUGAAACCCAACACCGGCUUCGUCAGGCCGGGGGAGACGCAGAUGAUCCAGGUGAUCAUGCAAGCUCAGCGCGAGUGGCCCGCGGACAUCAGCGGGUGCAAGGACAAGUUCCUCGUGCAGACGACGCCGAGCAAAGGGAACGCGGACUUCGCGGAGCUAUUCGCGAAGGGCAAGGCGGACAUCACCGAGAGCAAGCUGCGGGUCGUGUACUCGCAGCCCGCGCCGCCGCCGAGCCCGGUGCCGGAGGGGGACGAGGGCGUCAACUACGGGCCGUCGUCCAUGGACGCGGGCGUCGCGCAUCGCGGGCCCAUGAGCGACGACGUGAGCGUUCUGCAGAGGGACCUGGAGCGGUACCGGAUCAACAACGAGUCGCUGACGAUGGAUCUUAAGAUGGCGAUUCAGAACAACAACAGGGGCGCCGCGGCGGCGAAGGGAUUCACGCUGAUGCACCUGCUGCUCGUCGCGUUUUUGUUCUUCCUGCUCGGCCUCAACGCGGCGAAGCGCCUCGCGUGAGCGCGACGACGAGACGUCGACGACGGAUCGAUCGACGCGCGCAUUGACCGAGAGCGUUUCCUCCGUCUCGUCUCGCCGCGCGCAGCGAUCGUCGCGUUUUUCAUCGGGCACUACACGUGAUCUGUCGCGCGAAGGACGGGACGGCCGCCGCGGAGAGCGCGCGUUUUGAGCGAAGACGGAGUAGAGCGUUGUAUAUAGAAGAACGAGCGAUACACG